AUGAUUUUUCAGCGGCAAAAAUACUACAGAAAUCUUUUGGAGAAUAUUUUGGGAAAUAACUUAAUUCCAGCUGAUCCUUUUGGUGCCAGCGAAUAUUUCUCGUACUUGGCGUUGGGGUGUGAUGCUCCUUAUGUUUUCUACAACUUUGGUUAUGUCGACGAGGAUACUUGGGAAGAGGCAAAGACCAAAGGAACCAUGGAGGAUAUUCCCCAUAAUCAUUCUGCGAUUUUUGCGCCAAAGAUCCAGCCAACAACGACUAUUACUGUAAUUCCUGCGCACUUGCGGGUUUGA